CACGUGACCAGCCGGUCGCUGUCCAGCAGGAAGUGUUUCCGGCGGAGCGCCGCACGUUUUGUUUACUCCACAAACGUCGCUGGUUUGAUUCCUCUUCCGCCUCCAGCCGCUCCUCGCGCGGGAACCGACGCUAACGGACAGGUGACGUCAACAGUUCUGGUGACCAGCAUCAAACCUGAGUGCGUGGGCCAGCAGAGACCGGGUCCCUGAGCCCUGGACCCAGCCGAGCCGCGUGUUGCAGCUCGGGUCUUGUAUGGGUGAGUGAGCGUCGGCCAUGAGUGGCGAGCCGGACCCCCUGCUGGUGGUCAACCAGCUGAGGGACCUGGCGGCGGACCCCCUGAACCGCAGGGCCAUCAUCCAGGACCAGGGCUGCCUGCCGGGACUCAUCCUGUUCCUGGGCAACGCCAACCCCCAGGUGGUCUACUCCGCUCUCCUGGCGAUCCGGUACCUGGCAGAGUGCCGAGCCAACCGGGAGAAGCUGCGCGGGGCGCUGGGCCUGCUGCGGAGCCUCCAGAGCGUCGCGCACAAGUCCACGACCCCCGGAGAGACCAAGCUACUGGCCUCGGAGGUCUACGAGCUCCUGCAGGCGUCCGGCGGCGGUGGCUCGGAGCCGGCGGACGCCGUCAGCAGCCGGAGGAAAGCCCAGUUCUUCAUGGGCGCCAGCAACAAGAGGGCCAAGACCGUGGUCCUCCACAUCCACGGGCUGGACGACUACGGCCGCAGGAGUCAGUGUGAGGAGGCCCUGCUGAAGGUCAGAGGGGUCAUCAGCUUCACCUUCCAGAUGAGCCUCAAGAGGUGCGUGGUCCGGAUCCGAUCGGACCUGAAGGCCGAGGCUCUGGCGUCGGCGAUCGCCUCCACUCAGGUGAUGGCGGCUCAGCAGGUGCUGAGGGCAGAGGGCGGCGAGGAGGUUCUGAUCCCGCUGGCGCCGGACGGCUCCAUGCAGGUGCAGCAGAACGAGGAGCUGCCGGACUACCUGCCGGAGGAGGAGAGUCCGGCGCAGGAGCCCGACAAGGCGGUGAGGCGCGUGGGAACCGGCCAGGACGGGAACGGCUGGCUGGGAGCUGCCACCAACUUCCUGUCCCGCUCCUUCUACUGGUGACCCUCCUUCGACCCGCCGUCUCAGAACCAGAGUCCACCGCUGGGGACCAGAACCAGACGGGUCCUCCAGCAGUGGGGGUAGAACCUGAAACAUAAGAACACACAACGGGGUUCCAGCCGGAGGUUUCUGGGGGACCGUCUCUGACAACGGGCCCGUCUGUUGUCUGAACAGACAGGAAGUGAACAAGAGGCCUGAACAGGAAGUCCCUCCCCCGCUUGGGCCUUUUCAUCCGUAUUGAUCUGACCAGUUUAAAGGCGUCUUCACUUCCUGACCGCUAACUCGUUACCCGUUAGCCUGAGCUAACCACUAACUCAUCCGAUAACCUCAGCUAACCGCUAACUCGUUACCCGUUAGCUAACCACUAACUCGUUACCCGUUAGCCUGAGCUAACCACUAACUCAUUAUCCGAUAACCUCAGCUAACCGCUAACUCGUUACCCGUUAGCUAACCACUAACUCGUUACCCGUUAGCCUGAGCUAACCAUUAAAUCAUUAUCCGAUAACCUCAGCUGAUCACUAACUCAUUACCUGUUAGCUAACCACUAACUCGUUACCUGUUAGCCUCAGCUAACCGCUAACUCAUUAUCCGAUAACAUCAGCUAACCGCUAACUCAUUACCCGUUAGCUAACCACUAACUCGUUGCCUGUUAGCCUGAGCUAACCACUAAAUCAUUAUCCGAUAACCUCAGCUGAUCACUAACUCAUUACCUGUUAGCUAACCACUAACUCGUUACCCGUUAGCCUCAGCUAACCGCUAACUCGUUCCCCGUUAGCCUCAGCAAGCUGUUCUCUUGAAGUCCUCCUUUCUUUUGUUUCAUGAAGUUAUUGAGGAAUAAAACAACUGGUUACCAAGGAGCUGCGUGACGCGAGGGCGUCCUGUUUGACGGGUCAAAGUUCACCUGGAACUCAAUGUGGAUUAUGGAGUCCUUGUUCCUGAGGUCAGAGGUCAGCUCUAGCUCUUCUGCUUCUUGUCUUGUGUGAGCGUUUUGCAGUUUUAUGUGAAGUUGAUGUUUUUAAGUCGAAAACUGUUUAUAUUGUGAAACUAUUUAUUAUUUAUUUAUUUUUGAUGCCUUCUUAAAGACAAAAUAAACUUGUUUAUUGUUAUUUAUUUGACAGAAGUAAAUCACAUGAGGAGAAUAUGAGUUUAUUGCAGUGUGAUUUCUACGGUCCUGACGUGAUGCUGCUGUAGUUCCAGGUGUGAGCGUAGCUCGUAGCGCGUAGCUCGUAGCUCGUAGCUCGUAGCGCGUAGCUCCGCCCACACCACCCACUGUCUAAUCACAGUUCAGUAGCCGCUUGUCAGACGUUAGCAUGAUGCUUGUUGGAUUAGCGUAAACUGUCUCUUCUGUGGACUCUAAGAUCCAAGAUGGCCGUCUUGCAUUGGGGUCGUCAUGGUAACUGACAUUAUAAAAAGGUCUUCAAAUUUAA